GCUGAAGCAUUAACAGUUCCUGAAAAACAACCCCACACCAUAAUGCCCCCUCCAACAAACUUUACAAUUGGUACAAUGCAGUCAGACAAGUACCGUUCUCUUGGCAACCACUAAGACCAGACUUGUCCAUCAGAUUACCAGAUGGAGAAGUGUGAUUAGUCACUCCAGAGAACACAUUUCCACUGCUAUAGAGUCCAGUGGUAACUGCAUCCCAUGCCUUGCAUUGCGCUUGGUGAUGCAAGGCUUGGAUGCAGCUGCUCAGCCAUGGAAACCCAUUCCACAAAACUCUCUACACACUGUUCUUGAGCUAAUCUGAAGACCACAUGAAGUUUGGAUGUCUGUAGCAAUUGACUCUGCAAAAAGUUGGCAACCUUUGCAUGCUAUGCAUCUCAGCAUCCGUUGACCCCAAUGCGUCUGCAUGACUAGGUGCUUGGUUUUAUACACCUGUGGCCACGGAAGUGAAUAUAACACCUGAAUUCAAUGAUUUGGAUGUGCGAUCGAAUACUUUCGGCAAUACAGGGCAAGUAGCUAAAAUUAUAUUGAUAUUUCACUGGCUAGAUAGCGUCAAUUCAUGAAAGCCUCUGGUGGGGAGUGCCGACCUAUACUUGCGGGAUAUCGGAAGACAUCGGGGACAUCUUCAUCAAUACUGGAAAUUAAAUUGGACAUGCAUAUGCUUAUAAAUCUUUCUAACGAGCACAAGCGCGUGCUAACUUAAGACUUGUAUUUUGAAAACAAAGACGGUUUCGAAACGGAAGCUCUUGGCUAACUGUGCCUGUUUUGAAAUCCAGCUCUAAAGGAUACUUUUCCACCUGUAGUAACUAGUGGAAUACGAUUCAUAGAAGUAUAUGUAUUUUAACAUCGUGAUUUUUAUUUGUCUCUUUACGAGCGAAAAAUGUCUGUUGUGAUUCCUCGCAUCGAGCAGCUUUCUUCCAGAGUUAUGCGUGUGCUUGGCUGUAACCCCGGUCCGAUGACCCUACAGGGAACCAAUACGUACUUGGUGGGCACAGGGAAAAGGCGUGUGUUGAUAGAUGCGGGGGAACCUUCCAUACCUGAGUACAUCAGUAAUCUUAAGGAAGCGCUCAUGCAGAGUAACACCUCAAUCCAGGAGAUCCUCAUCACACACUGGCAUUAUGACCACGCUGGUGGAGUACCUGAUAUCCUCGCACAUGUACACACAGAUCUCCAGGUGAAGAAACUCCCUCGUACCCCUCCUCAAUCAGAGGAAGUUGGAGAGAAGAAUAGGAAAUACAUUUACCUGAAGGAUAGAGACAUCAUCAAGACAGAGGGUGCUACACUACAGGUGUUGUUUACACCAGGCCACACUGAUGAUCAUAUGGCUCUGUAUCUGGAGGAGGAGGGGGCAGUGUUCUCCGGUGACUGCAUUCUUGGGGAAGGAACGGCUGUGUUUGAGGACCUACAUGACUAUAUGCUCUCACUGCACACACUGCUUGAUGUCAAGGCAGACCUGAUCUACCCAGGUCAUGGUCCUGUCGUCCUGAAUGCAUGCAGUAAGAUCCAGGAGUACAUUUCCCACCGCCUUGCCCGGGAGCAGCAGAUUCUGAGUGUGCUCAGAGAUAAUGCCAUGGAUGCCUUCAGCUCCUCUGCUCUAGUUAAUCUUGUUUACAAGGUGACACAUCCAGACACACCUGAGCAUCUACACAGAGCUGCAGAAAUCAACCUGCUUAAUCAUUUAAAAAAAUUACAGAAAGAAGGAAAGAUCUUCCUAGUUGGAGAUUCAGAGAAGAAAUGGAAGAGCAGUCUGUGAAUGUCUGCUCAAUAGCAUCCUAACAGGCAUGUUCAUAAUAAAGUGUUUAUCAUUAAUUUUGCUUAAAGUCAUUACACUUUGAUGAUCUGUGCUUCUGGCGGUACACUAAAUAAUGGACAGACACGAACAAUGGAUGGCCAUUAGAUGAAAGUGAACAAAUUUAAGGAAUAAAUAUAUAUUUUAAAAUAAAUAUAGCAAUAUUAAAA